UUUCCAAAAGUGAAUUUAAUAACAUCACCACAUAAAGAAGAUUUAUUAAUUAAUUAAUUAAUUAACAACAACCAGAAAGAAGAGAAGCUCUCUCUCUCUCUCUUUCUUCCUGGACCUGCUGAAUUCUACUACUAGUAUUGUGGAAGAAGAAGAAGAAAAUAUCAAACUCAAUUUUUCAACUCUCUCUAUCCCCGUGGUUAUACUACUACAUUGUCUGUCCAAUUCUUCUUCUUCUUCUUCUUCUUCUUCUUCUUCUUCUUCUUCUUCUUCUUCUUCUUCUUCUUCUUCUUCUUUCCAUGACUCAGUCUAUGCUUGUUAAAUAAUUAGUCAAAUGGUAUGGCGGAGGAUAAUUCAUCAUCAAUUUGGUGAAUUCUGAUUACCAUUUUCAUUACCAGUUCAACAUGAAUAAUCAGAGGAGGGUAGGGAUCUCCUCUCCUCCUUCUUCUAAUUCAAGAGGAUCAGGAGGAUUACAACAAGGACGUACUAGUAAUCCUAUUACAGAUGAGAAUUUGGAUCUCUUCUCUAGGAAUCGACGGAUCUUCAAUUCCUAUUCUUCUCAUGAAUCUGAUUCCUCAACCUCAGAAGCAGCUGCAGCAGUUUCAAUGAAAUUGGGAAGACUUUCAGUUGCUUCUGUCAAAUUAUCUCGCUCUGGAAUCGACGAUCUUUUCAACAACAACAAUAACAAUAACCAUGAUGAUGGCGAAGUAGGAAAACACGAUUAUGAUUGGCUUCUCACUCCUCCGGAGACUCCUCUUGUUUCUUCUGCGGAUGCCAAUGAGCCUCGAUCAGCUGCAGCAGGUCCCAGAAGAACUGCAUCAGUCAGAUCAGCCUCUACCACCAAGGCUUCAAGGCUUUCAGUGGCACAACCAGAGAACAACUCACGACAAACUAGAAGUAGUUCAGUCACUCGCUCAUCAAUCUCUACAACAAAUUACACAUCUUUUUCCGCCAAUAAAUCCUCUGCUUCGAUCCUCAAUACCAGCUCGCAGUCAGUCACGUCUAUCUCUAGACCAUCCACCCCAGGUUCUCGUUCAUCCUUGCCACCACCUUCCGCAAGACCUUCCCCACCGACAUCUAGACCAUCCACACCAGGUGCCCGUUCUUCAAGACCAUCCACCCCUUCUAGGUCCAGAACAAUCACAACGACCACUCCCGUUGCAAAACCACAAACCCCACAAAAUUCAAGACCCUCAACUCCAACUUCAACAACGCAAAUCUCUACAAAUACAAAUCCUUCAACAGCUCGGUCAAAUUCCCGCCCUUCAACUCCCACUCGUCGGAAUGCAGCACCAGGUCCGCCACAAGUUAGAGGUCGUUCAGCCUCUGUAGGACCACCACUAACUAAUAACCGGAGUUCGUCAGUGGCAUCUCGUGGAGGCUCACCUGCACCAGUGGCAUCUCGUGGAAGCUCACCUGCACCACGCACCCGAACCAUGCAUCAACCCAUUGUACCACCCGAUUUCCCUCUUGACACUCCACCAAACCUACGCACAACAAUGCCAGACCGUCCGGUUUCUGCUGGUAGGUCCAGACCAGGUACUGGUCUUGCUGCUAGUAGAAAGGUGGAAGCAUCAGGACCGGUGAAUCCGAAUCCGCUACGGAGGCAAUCGGCGUCACCCGUAACCACAAGAGGAAGACUUUCAGAACCUUCCACAAGAGGAAGAUCCCAAGUGAAUGUGAAUGCAAUGGAUAAUCAGAAGGUGUCACCAAGCUCGGAUGCAGGUACUCGAAGGCCUUUGAAACCUGCAACUUCUACAGAUAGUACUGGAUUUGGAAGGACAAUCUCAAAGAAAUCAAUUGAUAUGGCACUCAGACAUAUGGAUAUUCGCACUGGUUCAACAGGGGGCGGUCGCAGUCUCUCUGGCAUAUCUGUUUUUCCUCAGAGUGUGCGGCCUGGCAUGGCUAAAGGUGGAGUUGGUCUCCAACGCGGUACUCGUGUAUUAGAUUCUUAUCCUCCACGUUCCACUAACAACAACAAUGUUAGAACACCUGGACAUUCUAAUGCACCAUCCAUGUCAGACAAUGGGAGUGUAUCCUGCCUUGACAUGUCUCAGGAUGGUGAAACAGAAGAAAUCGCCAGUCGCUUUACUGGAAAACUCAGUGAGCCUGACGUUUACGACAGCUCUAGAUAUGACAUGCUUCUGUUGAAAGAAGACCUUACGAACACAAAUUGGCUUCAAACCAUGGAUGAUAAAUCGGAUUUAUUUGAUCAUCAACCUUUCGAACCUCUUCCAGAACCAUUCGACCCUUUAUAGAUUUUAUUUUCCUCCAGAUACCUCUGUUUAUGUUUUCUUCUGCAUCUCUUACAUUUUUUUUUUCUUUCUUUCUGGGUCUUUUCUCAUUUUUUCUUGGUGUGAGAAGAAUUUCUUAUUCGUCCCUUUCAAAAAUAUGAGUCUCAAGAUUGUUCUAUUUCCUUGGGGAGUGUAAGUACUAAUUGUGUACUCUAACAGUGAAAAGUAAAACCAUAAUAAAAAAAAAAUGAUCUGAUAAUGAAUUUCUGGCUUCAUUUUCUCAAAA